AAAACAAAGCAAAUAAACAAAAUAGGGAAUCAAUGCCCUUUAGAAAAACAAAUGGUUCCUCCAAGUUCGUCUGGUGGCCGCCUUAUUCUUUGUAUAUAUAUGUAUGUACAGCCAGCCAGUUUUGCCACCAAAACCAAUAUUGUCAACAAAAUGAGUAGAAAAUAUGCAAGAUUGUGUGGUGCCCGUCCCACACUUUGUCUUCCGAUCCAUUCUCUGUCUCUUCGAUCGAAACACACCUCCAGACGAUGUUCUGGUUCGAUCAAAACUGAUCAUAACAGCACAGAAUUCUUGAACAAUAUUAGCAGCAGCAAGGAUGAUUUCAGUGCUGACAGUUUGAAAAGAGGGUCGUCUGAAGUUGGGAAUAAGAUAAUGGUUGUGGUGGAUCCAAGCCUUGAAGCUAAGGGUGCUCUUGAAUGGGCCCUAUCACACACCGUACAAACCCAGGACACCAUUGUACUUGUUCAUGUAGCUAAACCCUCCAAACAAGGUGCAGAGUCAGAUGGGAAGAUCAAUUUGAGGGCUUUUGAACUUCUUCACUCUAUGAAAAAUGUGUGUCAACGGAGAAGGCCUGAGGUGGAAGUGGAGGUAGCAUUGCUUGAAGGGAAAGAAAAAGGACCAAUAAUAGUGGAAGAAGCAAAGAGACAAAGGGUGUCCCUACUCGUUCUUGGCCAGAAAAGAAAGAGAUCAAUGUGGUGGCAGCUCAUCAAGAGGUGGACAAGGACCAGAUCCUCCGGCGAGGUAACUGUCGAAUACUGCAUCCAAAAUGCUGCAUGCAUGACGAUUGCCGUGAGGAGGAAGAGCAAGAAACUUGGAGGCUACUUGAUCACCACUAAGCUUCACAAGAAUUUCUGGCUUCUAGCUUGAUUUGAAAAAAAAUACACUUUAUUUUAUUGGGCUCGUUCUGUUAGAUAAGUUAAGCAAUGUAGAAUCUGUGUUUUUGGUAUUGUGGUGUGAUGGGGUUGUGCAGACAGGUUAAAAAAGUACUUCUCUGCCCAUACAAGACAUGGUUGUGGCGACUGCAAUGCCUGUAAAAACUGGAAGUCAAGAAAAGCUUUUGACUUUAAACUUCAUGGAGUGUAGGAUUAAAUUGGUCUU